UAUGAAAACCCUUUUGAAUAGCAACAAAGUUAUCCAACCCAGGAUGGCAUCGAUCAAGAUCAAAAGUGGGUGAACAAGAGUGAAGGUUGGCAAGAAUAUCCGUCCCAACUUUUAUAAUCCAAGAGUAUCGAGAGUUAAAUAUGAAAGUUUACAGAAAAAGAAAGGAGAUGAAAAUUCUGUUAAUGAAACUAACGUUACCCAUUUUUCAGAACUGAGUAAAUUAUUAGAAAGUAAUGAGUACGAUCCUCAAGGGCUGAACUGUUCGCAAGUGUAUGACAAUAGCAGUAUGCUAAAAACCUCUGGAAGAAUAUCAAGAGAAAAAUAUUCCUCAGACAUUAAAAGAAAAGCCUCUACGUCUAAAUCGAUUUCGAGGUCUUUCUCAUCUCCGUAUGAACAUCCAUUAGGGCAUAAAAUUUUAUUAAAAGCCGAUAAGAUCCUUAAAAAGGGAGAGAAAUAUAGUCCUGCUUGUCACGGAAGGAAUCGAAGAGCAAAUUCCAUCCAAGUAGACCCCAAAAAAGCCACAAAAAAGACUUCCUUUACAAGUCUGCUGAAGAAGUAUCACAAACCUGGAACAGAGUGAGACAGAAGAAAGGAGAAAGAUAAAGACUGAUCUUUCAUUUCACAAUUCGACGCUAACUUCAGAGACCUCGAAGAAGCUGACCCUGACGAAGUCCAGAGUGAAGUUCCUGUUCGAGCUAAUGCUCUCGAAAAAAUCCAAGGAAUCGAUGAAGAUAUGUCUAAAAAUCCUUUUCAAGAUUUUUCAGAGACUAGGAUCAAAAUAGUUCAUAACACCCAAAAAGUCAGAACAAAUUCAUGCCUAAGAAAAUAAUAGUCAGCAGAUGUGCGUUAAGCCGAUUCUUAAGAACACGAGGGCCUCACAUACUGAACAAGUAAGGGAAUCCAAAGCUGGAAUCGAGAGCUCAAGAAGAAGAAGAGAAAUGAUGAAGGAAGUGAAUGACAUUAUCGGUGAACUCCAGUCUAUACUACAUCCAAAGGGACCAGGUACCUGAGAAAGUGAUUAUAGUCAAACAUCUGAGGUAGUUAAGGUUAAUAGCAGCUCUAUGAUGAGAAGUAGGUGUAAUAAUCUCUCUAAGACAGAGGGAUUUAGGAGUAACCAAAGCAACAAUUCCGCCAAAGAGAACUUUUAUCAUGGAAAUUUUAACUUAAUGGAAUGGAAAAAUAAGGAGGUUGAGAAGAAAUUUUCUAAUAAUUUUUCGAAUUCUUUUUAUGAGAAACUUCACAUUAAUAAUAACUGACAAGAUCUCAGAGCCCAGAAGGGAAAGAGAGUCCUGAUUGGAAGAACCAAUCAGAAAUAG